GUGUAUAGAGAAUUUAUGCCAUACCUAAAUUUUCAGGGUUAGUUUUUUUUUUUUUUUUUUAAACUAUUCAUGGUCCUAAUUCCUAAUAUUAUUAGUGUUGAUGAAUAUUAAUUCUACUAAUCAAAGUGCUAGAAUAAUAAACCGCAAUAAUCUAAUUUGAACCCUUCAACUUCAAAGCCCUCGUGAGGGUCGUAGGAACUGGAAAAAACAGUAGUUAGCAGACCAUAUUUUCCAUUCAAAGGCACGCCCCCAUUUCAUGGGACGAGCCAACUUACUCCAUCUCUCACAAACACUCUUUACAUUACAACAAUUCUUCUUCUCCUUCUUCUUUACCACGUAUUUGAAGGAACCAACAUUCAACAGUCAUACUCAGUGUGGACCUAUCUAUUUACAAUUCUAUAUAUAUGUCACAUUUCUGAGAUUCUUUACUAUAUACAUUUGUUUCGAUAUUUUUUAAUUAUUUCUUUCGAGACAGAUAGGGAGAUAGUAACAGCAAAUAUUUCUGCAGCGGCCAAUUGUUCAUCUUAGCAUCUUUCGAUGGGAGUUAUUUAUGCAGCAAACAGGUCUAGCCUUGGAAAAUCUCCAAGCUUCAAGAAAUGGGAACCAAAGAAGCUCACUGUGGAAACAACUCCCUCUUUUUUUAAUUUUCCUGCAAUCCAGGAAUGUUCCUUAAGCUCCGUAAAAUCUCUGCCUGAACCGCGUGUUUUUUUCUCUCCAUUGGCGGCUAGUGAGCUUGAUGCAGCUGCAGUCAGAGUGCAGAAAGUUUACAAGGGUUACAGAACUAGAAGAAACCUUGCUGAUUGUGCUGUAGUAGUCGAGGAGCUCUGGUGGAAGGCCUUGGAUCUUGCAGCUUCCAAGCAAAGAUCAAUAUCAUUUGUCAGCACUGACAAACCAGAAAGCGCGGUUUCGCGGUGGGCAAGGGCAAGGACCAUGGUGGCUAAGGUGGGAAAAGGAUUAUCAAAGAAUGAAAAGGCUCAAAAGCUAGCUCUCAGACACUGGCUUGAAGCUAUUGAUCCGCGGCAUCGUUAUGGACAUAAUUUGAAAUUUUACUAUGAUGUUUGGUUUACUAGUCAGAGCCGACAACCAUUCUUUUACUGGUUGGAUGUUGGAGAUGGCAAAGAAGUUAAUAUAGAAAAAUGCCCUAGGGCCGAUCUUCAGAGACAAUGCGUCAGAUAUCUUGGACCAAGGGAGAGGAUAGAAUUCGAGGUGAUCAUAGAGCAAGGAAAACUAGUAUACAAGUGCAGUGGGAAGCCUUUGAAUACAGAGGAGGGAUCAAAAUGGAUAUUUGUCCUCAGUACAUCUAGUACAUUGUAUGUUGGCGAAAAGAAGAAAGGGCACUUUCAGCAUUCUAGCUUUUUAUCUGGUGGCGCUACCACUGCAGCCGGACGAUUAGUAGCUCAGAAUGGAGUUCUAGAGGCUAUAUGGCCAUAUAGCGGGCACUAUUGUCCAACAGAGGAAAGUUUUAUGGAGUUCAUUAGCUUCCUUGAGGAGCACCAUGUUGACUUGAGCAAUGUCAAGAGAUAUGCAAUAGAUGAUGAGGAUCCGACCUUAAUCAAGCCGACUAAAGGGAUGCCUAAGUCAGAGAUUGCUAGAGUGUCGUCUUUAGAAAACGUUGUAUCUGUUAAUAAGGAAUCAUCUGACACCAAGUCACAAGAUUAUGAAAAUCAGAGACCACCAUUGUCGUCUAGAUGGACGACAGGGGCAGGUCCUCGGAUAGGCUGUGUACGCGAAUACUCUCCAGAGUUGCAAAAUCAAGCACUCGACAAAGUCAAAUUAUCUCCAAGAUUUCUACUCAAGGCCGGACCUCAUACGAGCAAUGGCCCUAUUCCUUCACCAAGACCAAGUCCGAGGAUUCACCUUUCACCAAGAGUUGCCAACAUUGGACUCCCAAGUCCUAGGAUUGCUGCUACUUAAUAUGCGUAAAAUUGUGAAAGUGGACAUGUAAAAGGAGACCGAGGGAUUACUUAACUACAGAGAAUAUUUCGAUACUGCAGUACAAUGCUUCACAGAAUAGAGUCCUGGCUAGCAUCAUUUUUUCUGAAUUCAAAGAAUUCUUUCAUGCCCAAGCGCCAUACUGAUACUGAAUCACGAUACACAUUAAUUUAGUCAUUUUAUUUCAUUUUUUCUUCAUUCA